CAUAAACUGCCACGUGGGUGCGGAUAUUUAGGUACGUAAAUAAAAUAAGCGGGAUCUUAUGUAAUCAUACCGUUGCAACCAACCCAAGAGGUGCUUCCCGGACACUCCCCUUUCAUUUACACGAACAGGCAUCAACAAGCCUGCCCAUGGAUUGAAAUCUACCAUGGAGUCCAGACAGAGGAAAGAAGAGCUUACGACAGACAAAAGGAAGAGAUAUGAGAACCCCGUUGAAGAACGACCGGAGCCAAGAUACCAUGUCUACAUUCGGCUGCCCUUCAAGCGCGGUGACUUCGUCGACCCUGGGCCAGUGAACUGGAGCGACAAGAAGUCCGAGGCCUUGUGGAGCAUUUUAUCUGAUGUUUCCCUUGACGAUGUCGAUUGGAACAAGCUAGCCGGCCAGUUUGAUGUCAACGUCGAUUUCGUCCUCCAGAUGGCUAACUAUCUGACCGAGCGCCAUGCCUCUCAACUCAGGGCGCAGAUGCUAAAGGCAGCAGCAAUCCGAGGCUCCAACGCCCCGUCGCCGGUUCCUGGUGCGGAUCCUCCGGGGGGUUAUCCGGCAUUCGCCGAGCCCUUGAGACGCACCGGGUCAGGAGCCGGCCGCGCUGGGUCGGCGCUGUCGAUGCGCAGGGAGAAUGCCACUUCUCUCCAGAAGAAGCCGGAUGAACCCGGCGGUGCCGCCAAGACCGCUCUUCCCGUCCGCCCACAAACGUCCCGUACGCCGUCGUCCAACAGCACGCCAGUCCCGGCCCCAGUCCCGGCCCAGUCCCAGCCAGGCAGUCGGCCAGGAACAGGCAGUCGGUCGAACGAUGCCCCAAGACGGCAGUUCCCGCACCUCCAGAUCCCCUCCACCCAACAACAACAAGACCAGGACCCCGAACAACAGCAAACCGACGACGCCGAGGCGCCCCCUCCCAGCUCAGCAGCAUCCACCUCUUCUUUCUCCACAUCUUCCUCCUCGGACGCUGUGGAAAGUCGCAUCAUCCGCCGCCCUCCACGCUUCCAGCCCACCAAAGAACGGCGAAGCGGCGGCGACAGGCCUUUCGAUGGCGACGUGGACGAGGAGGACGACCAGGACGAGGAGGAGCCCGUGUUCCUGCCUUUCAAACAACCGCAGCAACAUCAACAAGAACAACCACAAACCCAAGGCGGUUCUUCCACCCAAGACGUCGCCCCAGGAGCCAGCAGCGGCAGUGGUCAAGACCUGGGCGCCACACUGCGCGGCGACAUGCGCGAUCUUGUCGGACGGGGCCAGCUGCAGACAGCGAUGCGCGGCGAUGCCGUGAGCCGGUCGCAGACGUCGGAUUCGUCAGUCGGAUCGGCGGCCAUCGUCCCGAGGAGGCCGACUACGGCCGGCAGCACGGGAGCGGGGGCUCAGAAGAGGCGGGUCACGGUGCCGCCGCCUGCUACUGGUCAGCCCGGUACUCUUCUUCAGGGUGGGACUGGCCCGCUGUCGCCCAGACGGACGGCUGAGUUGGCGGGGAAAGGCCCCGGGCCCCGGGGAAAGGGGGCUUCGAGGGAGGGGAGUGAGGGGACGCCUAGUAUGGGGAGCAGUUUCAGUGAUCUGGAUGAUGCUUCGGUCACACAAUCGGCACUUGAGGAAGCCCUCGCCAGCCGCAUGCAGGAUGGAACGAUUGGCAGCCGCAUGAGCGUCAUUGGUGGCACGAUUGGGCAAGCCUUCAGGAGCCGAGUGUUGCCCAGGUCGAACCGGCAGUGAACGACUGAGGCAGGCUCAAUGGGGGUUGAGGUACGAUAUGCGACGAUAAUACGGUACGUUUGAAGAUGAUGGAGGUACGAGACACCGAGGUUCAUGACAGGGUCCGGGGCGUUGUGGGACGUUGUUCUGGUUUCAGGUCCUGUAUUUGGCACUUUGCACGGCGUAUCAACAUGGAGAUGGCGAGGCUUGUACGCUAUGUAUGGGUCUAC